GCAUGAUAUUUGGGCGAUCCGCUCUGUUCCGCUCCCGCCGUUGGGUCUGAAGCGACGGGAACCAGGCUUCCCGGACCUGGUAGAGUUGAGAAGAUGGGUACGGAACCGUUGGAUAAGGUGGCGCUGUCUGAGGAUUAUUGCUUCGUCUGCAAGGACGGAGGCCACCUCCGCCUUUGCGAUCACAAAGAUUGUACAAAAUCUUAUCAUCCACAAUGUGUGAACAAGGAUUCUACCUUUUUAGAUGCUGAUGAAACAUGGACUUGUGGCUGGCAUUCAUGUUUCAUUUGCUACAAAAGAUCAACAUUCAAAUGUUUCUGCUGCCCAACAUCAUUUUGUCGCAAAUGUAUUCGAACUGCUGAGUUUGGCCAAGUGAAAGGGGCAAAAGGCUUUUGUGGUGAUUGCCUAAGAUUAGCAAAAUUAGUAGAAGAUUGUGCUGACAGUGAUUCUGACGAGGAAAAGGUAGAUUUUGAUGAUCGAAACACAUGGGAAUUCCUGUUCAAGGACUAUUGGCCAAUAGUGAAACGCCAAGAAGGUUUAACAAAGGAGAAUGUACGAUAUGCUGAUGCUCUUAUUAACAGGUUUUAUAAGGGCAACAACUUGUCAGAUUCAGACGUAUCUUCAGAAGACCUAAUUGAAGUUUCUGAUUCAGAGGAUAAUUGUGGAAAUGAAGCCCAUCAUUUGGUAGAUUUGAAGUGGAAAAUGGCUAGAAGAAGUACGGCGAAGAAAAAAAUGAAGUCAAAUAAUAUUAAGUUUGUUGGCUGGGGCUCAACGGAGCUUGUCAAAUUUCUUGCUGAUCUGGGCAAGGAAAUAAAAGAACCUCUUGAAAAAUUUGAUGUGUGUGAGAUUGUUAGGGAUUAUAUCCUGUCUAAUGGUCUUGUUCAUAUUGAUCAGAGGGGUAGAAAAUAUGCCAUUUCUGAUUCAAAAUUGCACCGUCUGGUAAGGAGAAGGAAAUUCAAGCUUAGUCGGCUAUACACCUUGUUGGAAUCACAUUUUGCUUCUAGUGAUGGUUCGUUAGAUGAAUUCUCAAGUGCUGAGGAAGUUGUGUAUGCCAAAUCAAGAAAAAGGAAGAGAACCACUAGAUGUGAUUCCAAAGUUACAUGUCUUUCCAAAGUUAGAUGUGAUUCCAAAUUAAAACCUGAUAGACAUCACCACAAUGUGCUGCUUUUAGAAACUCCUAAAAGUUGUUUUGCUGAAAUAACCAGAAAUACAAUUCAAGCUAUCUAUUUAAGGCGAUCUUUAAUUGUGGAAUUGCUGAAAGACCCUGCCACAUUUGAAACUAAGGUUAUUGGCUGUUUUGUUAGGUUAAAAGUUGAUCCAAAAUGCUCCAAGGGUAUGCCUUGGAAACCAUACCAGCUUGGCCAAGUUACAGCCGUGAAAAAAAUUCCGCUAGAAUACAAGUUUAAGGAGACAAGUACGGAUAUAGUCCUCUGCAUUUCCAGCAUAUCAAUGGAUGUUAAGAUAUGCAUGCUAUCGGAUGAUGAAUUUGAAGAGGAUGAAUGCAAGGACCUUCAUCAACUUGUAGAGACAGGCCAACUUCAGAGGCCUUCCAUUGUUGAAAUAGAGAAGAAAAUAAGAAUUGUUCACGAGGAUAUAGCGAAGCAUUCGAUCAAUAAAGAACUUUUGAAGUUGGAUAAACUGAUUGAACGAGCAAAUGAAAAAGGAUGGCGCAAAGAACUGUAUGAGUACAUGGAUAGAAAAAAACUACUAAGCAAGCCAGAGGAAGUAACACGAUUGAUAAAGGAGUUGCCAAAAAUAGUGGCAGACGCAACAGUGGCUGAGGAAAGUUCCUACACUUCAGUACAUAAUGUAGGAGAAAACAAACAUCUGCCCACCUUGCCAACAGCUGGAGUCAUAUCGGAAGAAAGAUGACCUUAUGCUGAGGAUUCAAAAUUAAGAAGUUGGAACGGCUGGGAGAUCAUAUUAUGCUUUGUUUUCCGACUUAGCUAAGAAAAUUGCAGACAAGGUAUGUAAGCAGCUUUAUGAUGAAGCGAAUCUCAGAAUUGGCUUCGGAAUUCAUAAACUGUACUCUUUUGGCUGUAUUUAUAUGCUUGAAUUUGAGUGCAACAAAUAAAUUUUGAAGUUUAUAUCAUUGAUUGCAUGUUUAUAUUCAUUUUUCCGCUUUAUUUCAACCCCAACUAAGUCUUGAUUUUAUCUGUAUUUAUUAGAUUAGGAAAAUUUAACAAGCAUUGCAGUUAAGAGAAGGCUGAAGGAGAUGGAAACUUUUUUUCUUCUUUCAUUCUAUCUUUGGAAUUACUGUUAUAGUUGUCCUAAUUUGAUGCCAUUCUCUGUAAAUUAAUGUUUUCUUUCCCAAAAUGGUCUAGCUUUGUUUCUAAUAAAUGGAUUAAGGUAAUUAGGGUUUGAUU